AUGGUGAACUGGAGGAUUAGGCAAGAAUGGGAGGAAUACGAUCUCCAAAGCUCAUACGCUGACAAUCCAUGUAUGUUCUCGAUACGAUUGAACUAUGGUGGAGUUUUUACGAAGUUUCCAGGCCGCAAAUACAUAAAGGGGAAGAUGAAAUAUAUUGAUGGCAUUGAUAGUGACUUGUUCUCGGUGCAUGAUAUGGACGAGAUAAUGGAAUUGCUUGAUUGUGUGGAACCAGGUAAAAGUAUUUAUUAUCAUUUCAAACGACCAACCUGGGAUUUAGAUUUUGGGUUGUAUGCUUUGGGUUGUGACGAAGAUAUAAACCACUUUAGGUCAUACGUGUAUGAACACAAGGUGAUAGAAGUGUAUACAGAGUUUUGGGAAACCAAGCUGCAUACGUAUCAAAUGUCCCCAAACCCUGCAAAGAUAAAGAUACACGAAAUUCCUGAGUCCCUUUGUCGUAAAAGCUUGUUAUUGACAUGGUCAAAUUCAGGGGAUUGUCCUAGUGAAGAAGCCCCUGUUUUUGAGAAUGUAGAAACUAUGGACGAACCCCCUAGUACAUUACUUGAAACAACCUUGGAACAACCCCUUGUUACAUUGAGUGAAACAGUUGAGUCAACCCCUGCCUAUAUACCAAGAAUUGAAAGCCCUUUGACUGAACCAAUGAUAGGAAGCACAUGUCCUAAUGUUGAUGGUUGGGAUGAUACAUUUGAAUGGUGUGAACCUUUUGGUGGGACUCCUAUGGAACAAGAUGAACCAAAUAGUGAAAAAGCAGGUGAAGACAGUCAAGCUAGUAAAGACAGUCAUGAUAGUGAUGACACUGAAGAUAGUGAAUACAGUCAAGAUAGUGAUUACAUAGUUGAUGAAGAUAAUUUGUUAGAUGAUACAGAGGUUGAUAUGAAGAACUUUCACCUCAACAUUGACAAAGAGGUGGAGUGGGUUGGAAGUUUUCCUGAUGAUCGAGAUGAAGCAGUAGAAGGUGAUGAAGAAUUAGAGGUUAUAAACACUGAAGAAUUUGUAUCUGCAUCUUCAUCAGAUGAGGGUGAAGCUAGUAAAAAAAGGAAGAAGAUAAGAGAUUUACGAAGAGCACAUAAGAAUGAAGCAGCUGCUGUCAAAGAUCCAUUUUACAUCCACCAGACUUUUAGCACAGCUAAGGAAGUUAAACAACAAAUAAGUGAAUAUACCAUCUAA